AUGAAACAGAUUGCACAGUGGAUUUUGGUGGUACAUGUGGUUGAAUUCUUAGAAGCAUAUUGCACGCCAAGAGAUACAGCGCGACGCUCACCGCAACGCAGCCGACGCUCGCGGGAGCCGCGUCGCUCGCCCGACACUACCCAAUGGCGGUACGAAUCCCGGCGACAGCCAUACGACUUUGAAUCGUCCCGGAGACCGUACGACUACGGCUCGGGCCGCAGGCAAUACAGGGAGUUUGACGACGACUCAGCAAGGCGACCCGCUUACGACGCGGAGUCGGCGCGACGCCGUGCGGAUUACGAGUCGGCCAGGCGAACGGAUUUCCAUUUGUCCACACCUGGGGUGUCUCGACGUAGCCCUGAAAGUGCUCCUGAAGGAUCGGCAGAUUCGCCGCCAGAGCCAGCACCCUCCGCUCCGCUGAGGCAAGAGAGACAGUCAAGGCAUCGGUCGCAACCUUAUUACGAAUCCGAAUCGUCCUCCGGCGAUCCAUCCUCAUCAACAGACGGAGAAGAAGAGGAAUUCGGAGAUUUCGAUCCAUUUGCCACCGCGCCGUCUUUGCAUUCCCCAGACAGCGGUCGAUCAGACCCGCGAUACGCGAACGCGCCGCGCAGGAAUCCCAGCCCGUAUUAUUACGGAGAUCUUUUCAAAACAGCCCCUCCUCCCCCGGCCCCAUCGGCGCCCACCACGACCGCGUCAUCGCGAGGAUCUCGUUACAGGAAGUCGGCCAGCUUAGACGCACCGCACGUGGCUCCUCGGCCCAAUUUGCCCAAGCGGUUUUCCGUCGCCGAGGAUGGGUUCCGUGAGCUAGAGCGCUCGUCGUCUUCGUCCGGGGAGAGCGCGUGGAUGCCACCGCGGCGGCGCGGGCGUGACGCGGCCGGCUGCAUUUGCGCCGCGUCCGAAAAUGUAGACGAGCACUCGGCCUCACGAAGUGUGUUCUACGUGCCAGCGCCUCUGCCACGCUGGCCUCAAGAGAUGACAACCCGACAGAUAUAUGAGACGGCUUUCGACUGCAAAGUAGCACGCUCCGACGAUGACCUGGACGAUUUCGAUCGCGUUAGCAAUCACCCGGCUCUAUUGCAGGCCGAGGAACGUAAAGUUAUCUCAUCCGCAUCGUCUGCUUUCGAAGCGGUCGAGCGGAGUGAACCAGACUAUAAAGGUAGACGUAAGGUGACCAUGAAAACUGACAGUGUUCGUCGGUCCAAGAUACCCACAAUACGUCAGAAAAAAGAGAAUGAGAACAAUGCGAGUGUUUUGUCUGAGGAAUUAGAAAAAGUGCAUAUUGAAGAAGAGGGUCGAAAUGCGUCAACUUCUCAAUUACCCUUACGUGGGUACACGCCUUCACCCCCAUCGACGGCUCCGUUGCCGACAAAAUUUCAACAAAAAGACGGGUCUGCAAUGAACAGUAUAAAGAGUGCACCUAAUUUGCCUCAAUCUCAACUCGCGCAUCCAAGACUUAAGGAUUUGAGGUUGCCCGUAAAGUCGUUACGAGCGCGUGAUACCCCGACGAGUAGUGAUGCUAGCAUAGCCGAUGUUAAAGGAUCAGUAUCAACAGAGCUGGAUAUUGGGCAGCGAUUGAGGGAUUCCAGCCGCGAAUCACAAGAGGAUGAUGAUGACAGGGCACAAUCAAAAGACGGUAUUUUUUUAGAGAUUAAGGGUCGACCCACUUCCGAUUCCGACAGAACAAAAUUGAAUCGGUACUCAGGGCCAAAGGGGGUCGGCCCUAUAAUGGAGUUUAAAGGAAGGCCAUCAGUAGCCCGACCGCGUAGGAAAUAUUCCAGUACAGAGAGCAUGGCUACAAGCAGUAGUGGAGGUAGUAUGGAAUCGUUGCGAAGCAGUAACAGCGAGGGCGACCGGAGUAGUAGUAGUUCUGAAAGCCGACAUUCAUCCUCCCUUAGUUCUCAUAGCUCAGAUUCGGGAAACGUCCCGUUCACUAAAUCCUUACAUCACAUGCAGUUGUCGGGGUUUGGACAUCAUCCGACUAAAUUACACAUUCUUAGUCCUAUAUCGGACAAAUCUUCACAAGAACCAGGGUCAGAAACAUCUGACAAUAACAAAAACAAUAACUCGCAGAAAGUGUCACCUGAGGAUGUAGAGACAGGGAACGCAACUGUACAAACUACCGUUGAAAUAGUUCCUAAAGUAAAACGUCGUGCGCUACAAAAUAAGAACUUACUCAACCUCUCGUUUCGGCAUUCUGUGACCGGAGACACCGAAAUACAAGGUUCCGACAGUGGUAUAUCGAUUCAUUCAAGAGAAGGAGUUGAUUCACGUAAUGCUUUCAUCAACUUCAAAAACAGUAGCAGCGUUGAAGAAGAGAAAAAAAUUGAUGAUGUAGAUUUAUCGGACCUUCCUUUUGACAUGCCUAAACUUAGACGACGCAGAGCAGAGGCUGAAAUCGACCUGCGAACUUUACCGUUCGACAUGCCGAAGCUGCGUCGAAAAUUGCGCGGCCAAUCUUUGCAACUGAACAACGACUUUGGUGAAGCCAUCUCUAACGCUUCUUCCAGCCAAAGCGUACAAGAUUUAAACCAAGGCGAUAAACAUAGACCAAAACUGACGUUAAACUUUGAAAGUGGCAGUGGCGGUUCGAGUAGCGCGAAGGGCUUGCACUUGAAUUUGGGGCCAAUCGCCCCGCCACGAGACCUGAUCGAUGCAUCGUUGCCACUCGACCGACAGGGGUGGUAUCACGGCACGUUGUCGCGUGUGGAAGCUGAAAGCCUGCUGAGGGAUGCCAAUGAAGGGGCCUUUCUUGUCAGAAACAGUGAAUCUGCCAAGCAUGACUACUCGCUGAGUUUAAAAUCUACCCGUGGGUUUAUGCACAUGCGUAUUUGCCGCGGUGGGGAGGGCUACACCCUGGGUGGUGCAAGUACAGCGUUCCCGACGGUGCCAGCGCUGAUGCGUCACUACGUCACCGCGCAACGGCUUCCUGUACGCGGCGCCGAACACAUGGCCUUAUCUACCCCUCUACCUGCAGUUCUCCUGUAA